CUUAUUAGAGGAGCAGCAGUGGAAGUGCGGGCAGUCUGCUUUGACUGAAGACUCGGAGCAGAUAAAACAAACACAGACAGAAGGCUUUAGUGGGUUGUAAAAUACUCCAGUUCUUCUUUGUCAAAGGCAGAGGUUAUGGCUACUGUCUAGCGAUACUUCAUCACCUCUAUUUCUCUGCACAGAAUUUGUGGUGCAUCAGUCCAGCUAACAGAAGAGAAACAGAAGAGAAACCGGGAAGAAGGCACAAUGAGGAAUAUAGGGGACCGAGACCUACAGAAGACCAGCACCUACAUCGUACCCUGCUUCCUGUUAGUGGAGCUGGUGAUCAUGGCUGGGACGGUUCUCCUGGCGUACUACUUUGAGUACACAGACACGUUCCCCGUUCACGUCCAAGGGUUCUUCUGUUUCGACAAGACGUUCUCCAAACCGUACCCCGGACCCGAGGAUGACAGCAAGGCGCCGCCGGUACUGGUCUACUCUCUGGUCACCGCUAUCCCCACUGUCACGAUUCUGAUUGGAGAGGUGACAACGUUCUUUGUGAAAGCAGAGGGGGCUCAGGAGAAGACCAUUGUGACGGCUGACUGCUGUUACUUCAACCCCCUCCUCCGCAGGAUAGUACGCUUCCUGGGCGUCUACUCAUUCGGCCUCUUCGCCACCACUAUCUUCGCCAACGCGGGCCAGGUGGUGACAGGAAACCAGACCCCUCACUUCCUGUCUGCCUGCCGCCCCAACUACACCGUCCUGGGCUGCCAGUCCCCCAUGCAGUACAUCACAGAGCGCCGCGCCUGCACCGGGAACCCCUACCUGGUGGCGUCCGCACGCAAGUCCUUCCCCUCCAAGGACGCGGCCCUCAGCAUCUACUCUGCUGUCUACACUGUGAUGUACGUGACGCUGAUGUUCCGUACUAAGGGCACCCGGCUGACCAAGCCCACCCUGUGUCUGACCCUCCUGUCCCUGGCUGUGCUGGUGGGGGUGGUGAGGGUCACAGAGUACAGGAACCACUGGGCUGACGUCCUGGCUGGAUACCUGACCGGAGGGGCCAUCGCUGCCUUCCUGGUGUCGUGUGUUAUCAACAACUUCCAGCAGACGGCGUCAGCUCUGCCCCCGCUGCCCCCCCAGCGCCCUCAGCUCCCCCACGGCAGACAGCUGUCCACCCUACCUCGCGUGGAGAGUCCACUUGAAAAGUUAAGUGGCCCUCAGGUUCCAGGACUACCGUACUCUGAGAUCACAUGACCAUCAGCCAUACCUGUGCCCCGGCCCUCCCGAUGUGCUCCUCCCCUCGCGGCGCUUCAUCUCCAGCGAAGUCUAGACCUGCCCUCCAUCUCCGAGCACCACGCCCCCUGUCCCGCCCCCUGCCCCGCCCACCCUGAGGGGCGGCCCCCUCUCCAACGCUCGUUCUCCACCCAGGUCUAGAACAUGGAACCUAGAACCUAAAUCACCCAGAUCCAACCUCAAAGCACCCUUACAUGGGUUGUAUUAAUUAGGCACCAAAUGGAAUAAAACUGACUGAAACAGGGAGGGACUACCUGGACUUGUCCAAUAAGAAAGGCUUGUUUUCGUUUUUCAUUGCAAAACGUUUUGCUAUGGUGUGCAGUAAUGAAUACGACCCUGAAGUAGGUUGAAGUUUACAUUAAUACAGGGUGAAAUACCUUGUCAUCCUUGUAUGGUUAAGGUUAGGGUUGGGGGUAAGGGGAAUCUGAUACUAGAUCUGUGGUUAGCGGUUAAAGGGCAACUUCCUCCUCGAGCCGCCAACUUCACCAUCACCAUGGAGAUGACCCUGGCGACGGCCAUGGCAACCGUCUAAGUCCCUCUCUACGAGCUAAACGGAUUUGAUCGGAUAUGGCGUCCUUUUCCUCUGUCUGUCUCGACCUUGUUCAUCAAAAGUUAUUUUUUGCCUCCUACUCUUUGAAUUUUUUCCCCAAGAUGACCCAGUGAGGUACAAAUACAAGCUCACCAAAGCCAAGACUACUAAGAGCUGUGGAAGCAAUUACAGUACCUUUUCCCUCGUCCCAGUUCUACUGUUUUGUCUCCACUUCUCCUUUUGGGUCUCCUCCUUUUCUUCUUCUAGUCUUUAGUGUUCAGACAGAGAACACUCUGAACAGUGGUUGAACGGCACAGAAAGAAAAUAAAAACACAGUGGAAAGAUCAAUAUAAGCCCUCAGUGACUGAACGAUCGAAUCAAAGGAGCCGUUUGUAAAACUCAGGAAAAAUAACCAAGACAAAGGAAUAAGAACAGUUAAGAAGAUUUUUUAAAAUAUUUUUAUGUGGUGAAAGAGGAGGCACUUUUGUAAAUGAUGGUGAUGGUGCAGAUUAACUAACAGAUGGUUAUAUGCUUAUAUAUGAUUAAGUAUAUGUUGUGUAUUUUGUGUUUUGGUGGAUAUUUAGUUUAGUUAAAUACUAGUCUCUGCUCUGCUGUAGCUUCACACUAUAGUAAUGUGAUGUUGUAACAUUCAACUGGAUAUAACAACAUAUGAUUACAUUACUGUUAUUAUACAGCUGGAUGAAAAUGUUAUGAAACGUACAUUAAUAGCUCAAAGACUCUCAAGACGUCACAAUGCAACAGCCCGGUUACUAACACCCAAUAACUUUCCUACAUACUGGAAUAUACAUUUGAUAUAUUUCUUUAAAUAUACAUUCAUUAUCACUAUUGAAGUGGACUGGCUACCUGUCAUUCAUUAUCACUAUUGAAGUGGACUGGCUACCUGUCAUUCAUUAUCACUAUUGAAGUGGACUGGCUACCUGUCAUUCAUUAUCACUAUUGAAGUGGACUGGCUACCUGUCAUUCAUUAUCACUAUUGAAGUGGACUGGCUACCUGUCAUUCAUUAUCACUAUUGAAGUGGACUGGCUACCUGUCAUUCAUUAUCACUAUUGAAGUGGACUGGCUACCUGUCAUUCAUUAUCACUAUUGAAGUGGACUGGCUACCUGUCAUUCAUUAUCACUAUUGAAGUAGACUGGCUACCUGUCAUUCAUUAUCACUAUUGAAGUAGACUGGCUACCUGUCAUUCAUUAUCACUAUUGAAGUAGACUGGCUACCUGUCAUUCAUUAUCACUAUUGAAGUGGACUGGCUACCUGUCAUUCAUUAUCACUAUUGAAGUGGACUGGCUACCUGUCAUUCAUUAUCACUAUUGAAGUAGACUGGCUACCUGUCAUUCAUUAUCACUAUUGAAGUAGACUGGCUACCUGUCAUUCAUUAUCACUAUUGAAGUAGACUGGCUACCUGUCAUUCAUUAUCACUAUUGAAGUGGACUGGCUACCUGUCAUUCAUUCAGUUGUGGUUUGUUUACUUGUAUUUCUAUCGAUUUUUAUAUUCAUGCAGCUAAAUGUUGCUGUGAGGUCAGUGUGGUUCACUCUUUCACUUAGCAUGGCAGUUACACAGACCCUACCCUCUUCCUCAUGUUCCUCUUCCUCACCAUCGUCAUCACUUUGCCCUGUCGUACUUCUCCUUGUCUUUAAAUAGUCUAAAUCCAACUAUCGAUCUGUUGUAACAAAAGUAAAAAGAAAGUAUGUUCACUUUGGAUUCCAGGCUUCUCUUCCACCCCGUCUUUCUCAGUGCAACAUCUGUACUGUACCUCUUCUAUAUUCCCCACCCUGUCUAUCUCCCUCGUUCAUUCUCUCUUUCACCUUUACUCCCUCCAUUCUCUCUCCAGUCUAGUUAUAACACUGGAACAAGAGGGUAUCGUGUCUUAAAGGUAUAUAGGUUUCCUGUUGUAUUUGAUUAUGUUAUACUGUAUGUUAUAUCAGUCAUGCUAACAAGAGCAUCAAGCUACCUGAAACUGUUUUUUAAGAGCAAGAGUAGCAAACAUCUAACUUUAGCUGGAUUGUAGCAUCAAGAGAGAAGUGAAGUGACAUUCUAUAACAGACACAUUGUUAACACGUGCUGUACAGUCAGUGAUCAACAAUUGACUCAACUUGAGAGAGUGAGUGAAUGACUGAAGUGUGUGUAUGUGCCUGAAAAACACAACAUCCUAACUGUUAAUGUGUUGAUCCAAACUUUUUGGGGGGUUCCCUGGCUGUCAUAUACUCCUACCAUAACCAUGCAGUCAUCAUAACUUAAGUGGAAGUUCAGGAAUUCUGAGGACCCGUUAGAAAGGCGUCUUCAUGAAGAAGGUGCUCAUUAUGAUGUUGUAUUCAUAGUAUGAUGUAUCCUCUGUUUUGGAUAGAUUUGUCAGAUAAGAAAUAAAGAAAUGCCUAUUGCUAUACCAAG